ACUCUCUCUCUCUCUCUCUCUCUCUCUAGACUCACAUAGUCACAUCCAAUAGCAUCACACAACCUACAACUCUCUCUCUCUCUCUCUCUCUCUCACCAAAUCCCAAUUGAUCAUGUCCAGCCGAAAACACCACCACUGCAACCCCUGCGGCUGCCUCUUCGACCUAAUCUUCAAAACCCUCUUCACAGUCCUCUUCACCGUCGGCCUCGUCGUCUUCCUCUUCUGGCUCGCCUUCCGCCCCAACAGGGUCAAGUUCCACGUCACCGACGCCGCCCUCACCCAGUUCAACCUCAAAACCACCACCAACACCCUUUACUACAACCUGGACCUCAACCUCACCAUCCGGAACCCCAACAAGUACAUCGGGAUCUACUACGAUGGCGUCGAGGCGCGGGCGUUUUACGGCGGCCAGCGCUUCGCCUCGUCGUCUACGCUGCCGCGGUUUUACCAGGGGAAGAAGAACACCACGGAGUUGAACGUGGUUUUGAAGGGGCAGAAAAUCGUGGUGGCGGGCCAGGGGAAUAAUGAUGAUCUCUUGUCGGAUUACAAUUCGGAGAAGGCCUCGGGAGUUUACGGUAUUGAUGUCAAGCUUUAUCUUCGGGUUAGGUUCAAGUUGCGUGGGUUCAAGACUCCGAGGUUUCAGCCCAAGUUCGAGUGCGAUCUCAAAGUGCCGUUGGAUUCGAGAGGGAAAGCGUCUGCUACUUUUCAAACUACCAAGUGUGGACUGGAUUGGUAGUUCGUUAGUUGAUGAUAGUAUUAUAUUAUAGAUAUACUAUUAGAGUUUGUCUAUGCCUGAAGGCACGGCGCAACGCGUUUUAAACACAACUAAAAUGAAUUGCGAAACUAUUGACCACCCUCGUCAACAAAACUGAUUUAUAUGGGAAGAUUUUUUCUUAAAUUAGGAUCAAACAGAUUUUUUUUCUUACCCUUUUGUUUAGUUUACAAUAAAAAUACACACACCAAAAAAAUUGAAAUGGGGUUUUGGUUAUGUUGAUGAAUAUUUACAUCGUUGGUGUAUAUAAUUUAUUUUCUUUUUUUAUCUUCGGGCUUUUGUUGAUAUGGAGUUUUGGUUAUGUUUCUGGCUCCAUAUUGAGAUUAUUUCGUUGUUUUAUUUUUUUUAGUGCAGUUGCUGUAAUGCUGUGAAUAAGAUAAUGAAAGAUUAGAUUUUUUUUUUCUUUCCUGUU